AUGGCCAGGAAACAUGAAGUAGAAGUUGGGAAAAGAAAAUGCAUAAAGGAAAAGGAAACUGGAUUGGACUCAGUCUGCAAGAAGAUUGCUUCCUACAUGAUGUCGUCGAAGGGAUUUACUGUUACCGAACAAGAACCAACAACUCCAGGCAGAUAUGUUAUGAAACCAAGGGAUUCUUCUGCAUCAAGUGUACCACCGGUGUUGAAGACGAUUUUGAAAAAGUCGCAUUUUUCGGAGGAAGUUUCAAUGCCGACCACUGGCAAAGGCGCCAAAUCCAAAACAAAAUCAGGAAAAAGAACAAAGAAGCGCGAUUCUGAUGCUGUGUAUAAACUUUCGGAUCGUACUCCAAAGAUUAAACUUGCUAAGAAGAGAGUUACAACUCGUAAGGUCAACACCAAGAACAAGAAGCACGUGCAGAUAUCUGCCAGUGAUCUAAAGGAAGUUUCGGUUGUGUUACAUCGGUUGCCGGAAGACGUUGUAGCCAAGUAUCGGGCAAAGUUAGAGAAUGGCUCUAAGAAUGCAGGGGAUGUCAAAGCACCCAAUAAAAGAACUCGUGGUGCCAAGCGCAAAAUGCCAGCUAAGAAGCAGCCAAAUGUUAAAACUGGAAAAGGAAGCCAAAACUUCGACAAGCCUUCCCCAGCUAUCAAAAGACCAAAAAUUGAAACGGUGACAAAAUCUCAGGAUGAUGAAAAGUAUAACCUGGUUGAAACUUCGCAAGACUAUCCUGUGGCGAUCGAGAAUCCACCGCCAGAAUAUGCCCUAGCUGACAGAUCCAGUACUCUCGAACCGAUGAAUUCCUUGACGAGGCCUUCAGGAAUAGAAGUGCAGAGUUACUUGGAGAUGCCGACUUCAGUAGCAGUACAGCAGGUACAACCUCGUGAACGUGAUGAAUUUGAUUCUAUAGCGGAAGAAGCUUUCCAAUUGUGUUCUGCAUUUAACAGCGAAAUUGAUGCUGAAGUUGAAGACGAUUCAAUAACUAAUUCAGAUGCCGAUGUGCAAAACAAAAUUGAUUCCGAUGUUGAAGAGGAUUCAUUAGCAAAUUCAGAUGUCGACAUUCAAGAAAUUGAACAUGACAAUGAAGAGGAUUCAUUGACAAAUUCAUACGACGAGAUAUUAAUCGAAAUUGAUUCUAAUGUUGAAGAGGAUUCUUUGGAAAAAUCAGAUGCCAUGAUGCAAGAGUCUGUAACUGAUGAAGAAUCUCAAAAUUCACAUAUUACUAACAAUGAACCAUCUCCAUGUACCUCAACGCAAGAAAUGCCUGAGAUUGACGAAGGAACGUGCGAAAACCAGAUCAAAUAUUUGAAUGGGCCUUUAUAUGAUGAUGAAUCUCAAAAUUUACCAAGUACUAGCGAAGAACCAUCUCCAUGUACCUCAAAACACGAAAUGCCUGAGAUUGACCAAGGAACGUGCGAAAAACGAGAUCAAAUAUUUGAAUGUGAUGAUCAACCAAAGAAUGCCGAUCAGGCUGCGACAAUGUCAUCUACGGAGUCUGUAAAUGAUGAUGAAUCUCAAAGUUCUCAUAUUACUAACAAUGAACCAUCUCCAUGUACCUCAAUACACGAAAUGCCUGAGAUUAACCAAGGAACGUGCGAAAAACGAGAUCAAAUAUUAGCAAGUGAUGAUCAACCAAAGAAUGUUGAUCAGGCUGCGACAAUGUCAUCAUCUACGGAGUCUGUAAAUGAUGAUGAAUCUCAAAAUUCUCAUAUUACUAACAAUGAACCAUCUCCAUGUACCUCAAUACACGAAAUGCCUGAGAUUAACCAAGAAACGUGCGAAAAACUAGAUCAAAUAUUUGAAUGUGAUGAUCAACCAAAGAAUGCCGAUCAGGCUGCAACAAUGUCAUCAUCUACGGAGCCUGUAAAUGAUGAUCAAUCUCAAAAUUUACCAAGUACUAGCAAAGAGCCAUCUCCAUGUACCUCAAAACACGAAAUGCCUGAGAUUGGCCAAGAAACGUGCCAAAAACGAAAUAAAGAGCCUGUAAGUGAUGAUCAUUCUCAAAAUUUACCAAGUACUAGCAAAGAACCAUCUCCAUGUACCUCAAAACACAAAAUGCCUGAGAUUGACCAAGGAAUGUGUGAAAAACGAAAUCAAGAGCCUGUAAAUGAUGAUCAAUUUCAAAAUUUACCAAGUACUAGCAAAGAACCAUCUCCAUCUACCUCAAAUACAAAAUGCCUGAGAUUGACCAAGAACGUGUGA